GGAAGGCAGGGAGGGAGGGAGGAGAGAGGAGAGGGUGUCCCGUCUGCACGGAGCUCAGACAGACAGCAAGGAACAGCUGCAGCAUUUGGUUCGAGUAGGAUUUCACUGCGUUGCGAUUUCCAAAUUAUCCAUCAUUUCAUCCCCAAAACCCGAGUAGAGCAGCUCGACCAAGCGACCAAAUAUCAGUAAAAAAUGGUUGAUCGCGAGCAGCUGGUGCAGAAAGCCAGGCUGGCUGAACAGGCUGAGAGAUAUGAUGACAUGGCAGCUGCUAUGAAAUCGGUAACGGAACUGAACGAGGCCCUGUCCAAUGAGGAGAGGAACCUCUUGUCCGUGGCCUACAAGAACGUGGUGGGCGCCCGCCGCUCCUCCUGGAGGGUAAUCUCCAGCAUUGAGCAGAAAACCUCGGCUGACGGCAAUGAGAAGAAGAUUGAGAUGGUCAGGGCCUACCGGGAGAAGAUUGAGAAGGAGCUGGAGGCCGUGUGCCAGGACGUGCUCAACCUCCUGGACAACUUCCUGAUCAAGAACUGCAGCGAGACCCAGCACGAGAGCAAAGUGUUCUACCUGAAGAUGAAGGGCGACUACUACCGGUACCUGGCCGAGGUGGCCACGGGGGAGAAGAGGGCCACGGUGGUGGAGUCGUCAGAAAAGGCCUACAACGAGGCUCAUGAGAUCAGCAAGGAGCACAUGCAGCCCACCCACCCCAUCCGCCUGGGCUUAGCUCUCAACUACUCUGUGUUUUACUACGAGAUCCAGAACGCCCCGGAGCAGGCCUGUCAUCUGGCCAAGACCGCCUUCGACGACGCCAUCGCCGAGCUCGACACCCUCAACGAGGACUCCUACAAAGACUCCACUCUCAUCAUGCAGCUGCUCCGAGACAACUUGACACUGUGGACAAGUGACCAGCAGGAUGACGAGGGAGGGGAGGGCAACAAUUAAAGAGAAGCCGCACUUCGAAAAAAAAAAUAUGAAGGGCCAGUGGACUUUGGCAGCCGCUUUUGCCGAUGAUACUACCGCAGCAGCAGUUCUUUAUUUUUCCAUGUGUUAAAAGAAAAGAAUCAAAAGAGAGGUGAGAGUGGAGGUAAAAUCUUAGUUUAAAUAUAUAUAGAAAUAUAUAUACAGUUGAAAGGGGCCUCCGUCUUCUUGAUUUUCUCUUUGACAUUUGCCAAAACCACUGAUAUGUCAGUCAAUCAGCCUGAAGUGGUUGUUGUUGGAUUGAAAUGGCAGCCUCACACUGGCAUAGGAACUGAUCUUGUUCUGUCAAGAUAAGCUGCUUAGUUAGGUUUUUGCGUGAUAGAGAUGCAUUUGAGUCACUUGAGAGAGAAAAUGCUUGAAUGGGAAUGCCUCACACAACUAGUUUGCAUUGGUUCCAGUAGUAGUCUAUGAAUGAGAAAGGGCCCUGAAAGCCAUUGAUACUAAACUCAUACUAACAAAGCAAAAGUUUUAAUCUCCCCCCCAGUAAUCAAAAAUAAAUUUUAGAAGAUAAAUUACACAGGAGUAAAUUUUAAAAAAUUAGGACUGGAUAGACAAAAAAGAAUUCCCUACCUUCUGUCUAAAGUGUAUUUGGCAGAUUAGUCAGUUGUGUCACUGGAACCAUCGAUUCUUUUGGAGGUGAAGAUUACAAAAAGGCAGAGACUUAACAAUAUAAAACAAAAAAAUGACAAAAAAAAAAGCAGCUUCAGAGUUUGUGGUUUACUUCUGUGUUUGUUUUAUUAAAUGCACUUGCCUACUAUACUGUUUCUUCAGUGUAAGAUGAUGACAACAAUAAUAUCGAUUAUUCAAUAUUGUGCAUGCUGGUGAUGUAUUUAUAUACAGUAGCUUGACUUUAUUAACUUAUACUGUGGGUGUUAAGUAUUCAUAUGAUUGAGAAAAACAGGCUUUGUCUGAUGUUGAUUUCUAAUUUAUUUCAUUUUGUUAUGGUUUUUGAUUUGCUAUACCAAAAUGGUGAUCGUAAAAAUUGACCUGUAAUGGGCGUUGCUAUAGUGACAUGCAAUAUGUGUAUUUAAUUUGUUAAUGAAAGAAAAAAAAAAAGGAAGAUAAAAACUCACCAGUGAUCACUUAAUCUUACCAGCUGGUGUUUGUCACAUUGAAGUAUAAUUCUGUUAUAUUUUGUUCUUUGAACAGUAUUUAAGUACUUUUUUCUGUCAUGCUAUCCAGUUUAAUAAUGGUGAAGUUUCCAGGCUCAAUGUUUCUGUUAUGAAUUCACAAACAUGGACCAUAUUUUAUUUCUGACAGUAUACAUUUUUUUUGUUUGUUUGUUUUUAUACCUUUUAGCUGUUCCUGAGUGACAAAAUAUCUUGAAUGUGAGUCAUUAUGUAGCAGUUGCACAAGAACCGAAAUAAUAGCUAUGAUAAUAAAAAAGAAUAUGACUAAAUUAUACAUGCACCAUUUCCGUGGUGGUCUAGUGUAUUGUUGUAUCGUCACCCAUAAGUAAAUUUGUUUUUAAAGGACAACCAUUUCAUAGAAGAAAAAAAAGAAGUUUGUUUUGUGCCCUGAGUACAGCACGUGCUUUAUUUUUGUGCCUGUAUUAUUUAAUAUGCCUCAUUUGCAAGUUAACCUUUAACAGGAAAAAAAAGGAUUUAUCUGCCAGUAUUUUAAGUUCCUGCAAGCAUGUGUGCAAGAUGUAAUAUUUCCCCUCACUUUUACAUGUGUCUGCUGUCUGUACAGCACUUAGAUAUGAAUAAUCAACACCAAUGCACAACAAUAGAGUCACACAGGAAGCAAAGGCAAUCCAAUAGAGUCGGUUACUGAUUUAGCAAAAUCACGUCUUCGGAACAAACUUUAGACACUAAGAAGCUGCUCAAGAGCACAGAAAGCUGCUGAACGGAUUUAUCGUCAUAAUGCUGCUAGUUCGAUAGAUUAUUACAUUAAUAUAUUCAUACAGAUGGCAGUUUAUUUUUCCUAUUGGGUGGCAGUUAUUUGGGGGACUUUUAUUUUUUGAUUUCAGAUGUGAUGGCUUAAGAGAGAAACCAAAAGCCUUAAGGUCAGUCACACAACCUUGUUCAUGUAUGCCAAUUAUGUCACCAUCAUGAGUCAGCCUCCAUGAGCUCACACUGUAUGUCACAGCUGCUUUGAUUUAUUUUUAACGUAGUAUAAAGUUGACGGUCUCCAGGGCUCGCCAGGCAAAUAGCAUGAAAUCCUAAUGCUCACGCAGCUUAUGAAUAUUACAAUGGAGUCGAGUCCGUCACUUUAAUUUGUGCGUAAAAACGAGUGGAAACUGAACUAUCUCACUUUUUUUUGUUGGAAUAUUUUUUUCUUGUAAGAACCAUGUCAGGAGACUUUCACUCAUUGCCAAGAAUACAUAACAUUGUGUUCCCUUUAUUUGAUUAAUUUGUGUUUCUUUUCUCUGUGGUUUGUGUUUUUAUUUUAAGGUUUUCAUUCUUUUUGGAUGUUGAUUCUUGUCUCUGUGACACGAAAACGUGCAAAUAGAAGAUCUGAGGUUUAAAAAAAGAAAAAAGAUUUAAUCACGAAUUUGAUUCAAGAAGAGCUGACCUGCUGGAAAUUCGCAAGAAUUGAGGGGAGUGAUAGCUGAUAAUGGGAUGCAAACUGUAUGCUCUGAGGACUUUUUGGUUGCCAUCUGUUGCCCAUUAAAGUUAUUUGUUUAUCGGUA